AUGGCGGUGCGGCGGCGCCUGCAGGAGCUCUUCCAGGACCCGCAGCUCGGCGGCGUCGUCACCGUGGAGCGGCCGCCGCCGCCGCCCGCUCCUCCCGCUCCCACCGCGCCGCAGCCGCGGCGGCGGGGCCCGCGGCCGGAGGAGUGCGCCGUGUUCCAGUGCCGCGCCUGCCGCGCCGUGCUGGGCGACUCGCUGCACCUGUGCGCGCACGAGGAGCGGCGAGUCACCGGGGACGUGGCGCGCGAGGAGCCGCAGCUGAUCGGCCUCGAGGGAGCCCUGCUCGGCUGCACUUUCAAUGCGUUAUCCUGCCGUGCAUGUGGCUUGACCGUGGGCUUCGUGCUGUACUCCGCUUUCAGCGACCUGGCUUAUCUGCGAGGCUUCUUCUGCUUCUUCAAGGACAGCAUCCUUUGUUACCUCUUAAAAAAUAAAAUGAUAGUAGAAGCCUCUAAAGUAAAAUUUCCUGCUUUGAGCCUCAAGGAAGAUCUUGCAAAACUAAAAGAAAAGCUUGUGACAGUCCACAUGCGCCUGGAAUUGCUGAUGAAGAAGCUGGAGGAACUGAACCAAAAGAGCAAUGUGGCAGAAAAGCACAGCGCUGCAUCAGAUGCAGCUGGCUUCACAGCAGGAUAUGCAAAAGUCAAGAACAACAAUUAAUCUGUCAUUUUAAAGACCUACUGGAGUUGUUCCUGCCUCUCUGCAGGGUUUGUUCAUUAUGAUGAAAUAAUGCAUCAGAAAGGGUCAGCAUCUUAAUCUGUCACUUAUCUGUCGAUAGAAAGAACUUAGGCUGAAGCGCUUCUCUUCAGCAUAGGGGGAACAUGUGCAAAUCUUAACAUCCUGAAGCUGUGGUGUGGAAAACAAAUAGGUCACUAUACAGCACAGCACUCUCUGAGGCAACAGAACUACUGCUGUGCUUCUCCUUAACAACUUUAGGGGAAAAGCUGCCGUCAAAAAGUUGAACUCAGGAGUUUUGCGGACUGUAUAAAACAUAUCAGUAGGUUGAUAAAGAAGAGGAACCAUUAUAAACUAAACCUUACAGAGGUCUAAAGUUUUGGUCUUUCGCAUAGAAUGUUUAUGCCAGCCAGCUGUUGGUCAAGUGGCUGUUGGCUGCACCAGGUAUGAGCAGAACUGCUAAACGGUGUCCUGACAGUCACUUCAAGCGUCUGCGUGUGGCCUGUGGCAGCGCGGGGCGCUCACGGAAGCGGCUGGGCGAGCCCAGUGCGCGGCCACGGAGGCACCUCGCUGCCUGCAGCACAGGGACUCACGUAGAGGUACCUGCCACAUCUUCGGGCAGCCUCGGCUGCGCUGUGCUGAGCGCCAUGGUUGUGCUGCGCUGCCUCCCUUUCUCUCUGCUCUGGCAGCCUCAGACUGUGGGCAGCUGCUUCCAACAGAUUUGAGCCCAUCUCUCUGAAACAGAAGCCAUGAAGUUAAGGAAAGCCUCCUUCCCCUCUGCUCAGUCAUGGGAUCAUGGGAACGUAGCGCUGCUGAAGCUGUGCUGGUCUAACUGCUGCCUUUCUUUGGCCAGCCAAGAUGUUUCACAAAAUAUACCAGAAAGUCCCUCCCUCAUCACCAUUUCUGCAGGUUUUGCAUAGGUUCGGUCUCCUCCAGCCACCUGGAAGCUCAUCGAGUGGAGAGGAAAGAAUUCUACUUGCUAAUAGGACUGAACAUUUUAGUCUUUAACUCCCAUGAGUUGAACGAUUAAGGGACCUUUUUCUCUCCCUCCCACUGCCUUAAAGUUUGAUGUUUUAAAUGUUCUAUUAAGCUUAGUAAUUGCCUGCAAUAGGCUAGGGAGGAAUACAUUUUCUGCAUUGACUUAAUUCUGGUGAUGUGAUUUGCCCUUCCUGGCUUCUAUUUCCAUGUAGGAAUGGCAGACUACUUCCCAUAGCAAGGUGUGGUUGUUUUGAUCAAUUUGUAAAAAUAACUCUUAAAUUUGACUGGAGGGGAGGGAAUGAAACUCACUGCAAGGCACCCCAUGGGGUUUAAGUGAGCAGCUGGUACUUACACUACUGUUUAUGUACAGCGUGUGCUGCUUUUUGGUUAAUACUUCCUGGGUUCUCUCAAAGUUUGUUCUGAUCGAGAUAUGACACAGUAUCAACAGCUAUCCUACUAGAAGAGGAGCAGGGCUCCUUCAGUUAAAUUACAGUACUGUAUGCUACCUGAAUGACUAUUAUUGCUAGUUUUAGAUCUUUGACAGGUGUGAGUGCAGAAAUGCAGUGCUUUUCAAUGACAGUUAAAUUGAAGAUAUCAAAAGUAACUACUUGAAAUAAACAUUACACUCGCGUGAGACAUUUCAUUCCCUGAAAUGAUGUAUGUUAUCCUCUCAAAAAAGCUCUAGCACCCUUAUCCUGGGAACUGCUCUUUUUAGAGUUGUCACUGUAUAUUCAUGUAAGGCUGGAA